AAUUAUAAGCUAUAUUGCCACAUUAGUAAGUAAAUCAAAGCAGUUGUAAAAACACAUUAGUAUCGAUGUUUUUAUGGUGGCAUCGAUCCUUUUCGAUACAACCUUGGCCACCCCUAGUGUAGAUCGGUGACGUCGAAGUGUGCUGAAGAUUACUUUCUGUUUUACUUCACACUAGUUUUGUCGAGAUGAAAGCAUGAAACAUAAAAGCUGUUCAGCGGUGGUUCUCAAAACUCUUCAUUUCUAGUGUCUUCAUUUGCUCACAUUUGCGCGCUUCACUAAAAGCAUCUGAGAUCUCUCGACACACGCUCCGAAUCCACGGCACAGAACCAAACGUCACAACUGAACACAUCUUCGGCACAUCUCAUUAAAAUAGUCAUUUACACAACAACCUGCGGUCAAACUUCAGGGUUUUUACUGGUCUAAACAUGGACAUCUGCUCAGUUUUUCUCUCUAUGAUGUUUUUGACUGCGUGUGGUGUGUUUGGUGAUGAAGUGAAGUCACUGUCAGUGACGGAGGGAGAAUCUGUUACUCUACACACUGAUAUUGUUAAACAGACCGAUGAUAAGAUAGUGUGGUAUUAUGGACCUGAAAACACAUUUGUUGCCAGAAUCAAUGGAAUGAACAUUAGCACCAUAUAUUCAGAUGAUGAGAGAUUUAAAGACAGAAUGAAGCUGAACGAUCAAACUGGAGAUCUCACCAUCACACACAUCACAUCUCAACACUCUGGACUUUAUAAACUGAAGAUCAGCAGAAACAAGAAAGCCUCAUACAAGAACUUCAAUCUCACUGUCAAUGCUCGUCUGCCUGUUCCUGCCCUCAUCAGAGACUCUUCACAAAUCUCUUCAUCAUCUUCAUCAUUAAAGUGUUCAGUGUUGUGUUCAGUGAUGAAUGUGUCACAUGAUGUGAGUGUCUCCUGGUACAAAGGAAAGAGUUUAUUGUCCAGCAUCAGUGUGUCUGAACACAGUAUCAUCAGAAGCAUCUCUCUUCAUCUGGAGUGUCUGGAUGAUUCUGACGUCUACAGUUGUGUCAUCAACAACUCCAUCUCAACACAGACUCAACAUCUCAACACUGAUGUCUGUCACAAGUGUUCAGAUUCUCCUAACAUGAGGAGAAACAUGUGGAUUAUUAUACUUACAGUUAUAUUUGCUCUUCUGAUCUGUGUGAUCAUCAUCAUCAAACACAAAAGGCGUGUUCAAGGUUUUAAGGCGGCAGCGACCAGAGACUUCAGCAGAUCAUCUGAAGAUUCAACCCGAAUCACCCGUGAAAAGCAUUGCUGAAAGGGACGAAUGCAAUGUAUCAUCCUGGAUAAAGAGAAAAUGGAGUUGAUAUUUAUUAUUCAGUUUGCUCAUGUGAUCGAAACUGUUAUGAGCUGUUAUGAGAGACAGUUGCCAGUCGAAACCAAAACGUCAGACACUUAAGCGCUUUGUUUCUGAUGGACACACAUCCUUUGUAAUAGUAAUGACUUGAGAAGGUGAACCUUUCAGAAAACAUGGACAAAUAAAGAUCAUUUUAGAUGAUUGAUAAAGACUUUUUGACACGAGACAAGGACGAUCUAUUUUUUUUUUUAGGAAAUUCUCAAAUUCCAAUUCAAUUUGAAAAUGAAGGUAAAUUUCACUUAAUUUGUCUUCAGGGAAACAUACAAGCACCUUCUGUUGCUUCUGAAGGGCAGUACUGAUGGAAAAUAUAUAUAUUUUAACAAAUUAAGAAAAUGUGGACAUCUUUAUCCUGUUCAAAGAUAUUUUUGUUUGUGAUAUCUCUUAUUUUAUUAAAAUUAUUAAUAUUUUCACAGAUUCUGCAAGUGGUUCCCUAACUUUUAUUUUAAAUUGGUUUGUUUGUUUUAAUUUGUAUUGUUUCAAAUAUUAUUAGUGAUAAUUGUUUCUUAUCACUCUAAAUAAAACAUGGUUCUUAAAAAGUUCUUUAAUGACGGUAAAUGUUCUAGUUAGAACCAUGUCUUCUGAAGAACACCCUACCGUUGAAAUGGGUCUUUGUA